GUCCACAUUCCAUUCUGCACUAAGAGCACCGCAGCAACUAAAAAGGAAAAAAAAAACAUUUGCCGUGCGUGUGGGUUUCUGUAUUCGGUGAUACAACAAUACACUUCAGUAAGUGAACCACUCUUGGAAUCACCAGAGAACAUAUCCAUUCUCCAAACUACAGUGAAACAGACAUGAUGAAGAUUCUGUUCCUGGUUGUCUGUAAUGUACUGCUAAUCUGUUCCUAUGAGAACUGUCCAGUUGAAGAAAGGCAGAAUGUAAACUAUUCAUCAUGUUCCCUGACAUCUGUUCCACGCAGUUUGCCACUCUAUACAGUUUUAUUGGACUUGUCCCACAACAAUAUAAGCCAACUGAAAAGGGAUGACUUUUCUGAAAUGCCAGCUUUAAAGUUCCUUAAUUUAUCACACAAUAAUAUAAAAGAGAUCAGUGAUGACAUUUUUAAAUCCAGUAUGAAACUGGAAUAUCUUAAUCUGUCCCAUAAUGAGCUUUAUAAUAUUUUCUUAGUUCAUGUUACUGAACUUAAGAAUUUGGAUAUUUCCUACAACAAAUUUGCUCUAAUGACUCUUGGUAGUGUCUUUGGCUCCAUGGAAAAGCUGGAAUGUUUAAGUCUGAGUGCUGAAACACUGCAAAGGCAUGAACUAAAGCAUAUCAAAAGUGUCUGGCUGAAAAAUGUUUUUCUGGGAUUUAACAACCUCCUUGACUAUGAACAUGAAAAAACAGACACAAUUACCAUUGUUUUAAAAAGCAAAUAUUGUAUUGACUAUUUAAAAUAUAAGAGGGAUUGUUAUGUUGGAGUUGCCUUACUUCAAAGAAAAGCAAAUUUUAAGGUGACAAGUCUAACUUUAAUAGAUGUUAGGUUGCCUUGGAACUAUCUUACCAAACAAACACUGCAAUCAUCAAUUAAACAUCUAAAUGUGCAUUAUCUAAAUAUUAUAGGACAGAUUGUUACCACUAAAAUAAGCAAAAACACCUCACUAGAGACAUUAAAAAUAAACAGAGGAACAAUAUAUUCAUAUUUUUUUCUUCAAAAUGAUCUUUACGAUUUUUUUAUCAAUAUGAUGAUAAAGAACCUUACUAUUGACAACACUCCCAUAGUACACAUGACUUGUCCUCAGAGCACCAGCAUACUUAAACAGUUAGACUUCUCCAGCAAUGCAUUUUCUGACCGUGUGUUUUCCAGUAUUGAAGAGCCCAUCUGUAAAACACUGACCAACCUGAACACACUAAUUUUAAUGGGAAAUAAACUGGAGAAGCUUCACCAAUUGAGUGUCACAACAAAAUACAUGAAGUCAUUAAAAUAUCUGGAUGUCAGCGCCAACUCACUGACAUAUGAGUUUGGGGAUUGUACCUGGACUGAGAGUAUAAUUGUCCUAAAUGUAUCAUCAAAUAGUCUGGAUCGUUUAGUUUUCAAGUGUUUACCCCAAAACACACAAAUCCUGGAUCUACAGAACAACCAAAUAGCUAGUGUCCCCGAAGACAUGGUUCAUCUUGAUGCUUUGAAAGAACUUUACCUUGGGUCAAACAGGUUGCUUGACAUACCAGACUGCAACAGUUUUAGAAAACUUGAAAUGCUCUUUACAGAUGCUAAUUCUCUCCAUACCCCAUCAAUCAAUUUCCUCAGUAGCUGCAAGAACCUACGAGUUUUUCAUGCCGGCAAUAAUCCAUUCAUGUGCACCUGCAGUUUGAGGGAUUUUGCCAUGAUUAAAGAACAAUCGGGAAUUGAAUUCAUUGGAUGGCCGGACGCCUACAGCUGCAGCUACCCAGAAGCCUUCAGAGGAAUAUUUCUGAAGGACUUCCAUGUUCCUGAAAUGUCAUGCAAUUUGACCCUUCUACUUGUUACUAUUCUCUGCCCCAUGAUAGUGAUAACCAUUGCAAUAGCAGUGCUCUGCAUACACUAUGAUGCACUCUGGUAUAUGAAAAUGAUGUGGCAAUGGACCCAAACCAAGCGGAGAGCGAAGGCAAGCAGACGUCAGGAAACUCCAGAAGGUCUGAAGUAUAAUGCAUUUGUGUCUUACAGCCAGCUUGAUUCCAUCUGGGUAAAGGAGUACCUUUUACCCAACCUAGAAGAAGACAAGUCUGUUCAAAUAUGUCAGCACGAGAGAGAUUUCAUACCAGGGAAAAGUAUCAUUGAAAAUAUAAUCAGCUGCAUCGAAAAAAGCUACAAGUCCAUCUUUGUUUUAUCCCCAAAUUUCAUACAGAGUGAGUGGUGCCACUAUGAGCUCUACUUCGCACACCACCAACUUCUAACUGCAAACUCCGAUCAUUUAAUCUUGAUUCUACUGGAGCCUAUCUCCCAGUACAUGAUCCCUUCCAAGUAUUACAAACUGAAAGCUCUGAUGGCCAAGAGGACCUACAUUGAGUGGCCAAAGGACAGAAACAAACAUAAACUGUUCUGGGCCAAUCUGAGAGCAGCAAUACAGAUACACCUGGCAGGACCAGUAGAGGGCACAGCAGAAAGUAAGCUGUGAUACUUCAAUAACAGUAUUCAUAGACAUUCUUAUUAUACAGUGUACUCGCUCAAUGUGAACACAAUAAACAGAAAUGAAAGAACAAAAAGUAUUGUGCAUUACUUGCCAUUUAUUUCUAUUUUGUUUAUUUUCUUUUUGUCACAAACAAACACAAAGGCACUCUUCAACCAUGAAUGAGAAUAGGGUAGUCAGUAUUGUAGCACAGACCUGUUCAGAAAUAUUCCUCUGAAGGCUUCUGGGCAGCACUGUGGAGUAGUGGUUAGAGCUCUAGAUUCUUGACCGGAGGGUCGUGGGUUCAAUCCCAGGUGGGGGACACUGCUGCUGUACCCUUGAGCAAGGUACUUUACCUAGAUUGCUCCAGUAAAAACCCAACUGUAUAAAUGGGUAAUUGUAUGUAAAAAAUAAUGUAAUUGUAUGUAAAAAUAAUGUGAUAUCUUGUAACAAUUGGAUAAGGGCGUCUGCUAAGAAAUAAAUAAUAAUGUUGUAACAAACCCUAACAUAGAUUGCUGUCAUCCCAAUAAUACAGUAUUUACAUGACUGUAUGUCUAGUGCAUAUUACUGUCGCCCCUUUAAGUGAUUGGUGAUUCCAAAGGUUUAUGGGAGGUUCAGAUAGUUGGCAGAUAAUCGGUAUGCACCAGGAAGGUAGAUAUUGACUGACAUGAUUGGCAGUUUGACAGCCAACACCCACCCUCCCAUCUGACCUCCCACCCAAUCCCACACAUAUCCACCCACAUACCCACCUACCCUCCCAUCCAACCCAUUUUUAAACAAAGGCUCAAAGAUUGCAAGUUCUCUUUUAGCGUUUACUAGUUUUUUUUUUUUAUUAUUUUUAAAUAAGAACAUUCCUUCUGCUUUUACAUGAUCACAGCUGUUUUUUUUUUUUGUCACAGCUGAAUGAUCUUUUAACUUCGACAUUUACCAUACUUGUACAGUUGAGUAAUUUAUGUCACAUUUUA